GAUCUGUGCCAUUCUCACUGUGAUGAGUCCAUUAUCCAGGAUAAGAUCACAACCAUUAUCAACUGCUUUAUCAAUUCUGCCAUUCCACCUGCUCUUCAGAUCGACAUACCUCACGAUCAAGCCCAAAAAAUCAUUGAACACAGGAAAGAACUAGGCCCAUAUAUAUUUAGAGAAGCACAGAUGACUAUUUUUGCACUUCUCUUUAAAUUUUGGCCAAUGUUUUGUGAAUUCCGAGGUAAUUUGAAGGAUGAAGCUAUUUUUCCUUGCUUGGAAAGAGAAAAGAAGAUUCAGAAAUUAAAAAAAGCAAAAGAAUUAGAAGUGAAGGGACAAAGGAAGAAAAGUUCUGUUCCUGGGAAAAUAGUUUCACCUACUGAGUCAAAACUGAGUAUGGCUGAAUUUUCACCAUCCGCAAGCUAUUCUGGAUUGGGCCGAGAGUUUUUCUGGUCUUAUUCAAAGUACAUAGAAGCUCUUGAACAAGAAAGGAUUCUCCUACAGGUUCAAGAAGAUUUAGAGAAAAAAGCAGUUGCAGCAUCUGCUUAUUCAGGGCUCUCAUCUUUCCUCGCUAUGAAAAGUGAUAUGGCCAUAAGCUCCGAAAAAUCUAUGACCCCAUCAACUUUCAACACAGCUUUUGUGAGGCAACGUUCAUUCCUAUCUAAAGAUAAUGCAAGCAUGGUCUAUUAUGCCCCUAACUGUAACUAA